AUGUUGCGAUCAUCGCUUCGGUCAGCGAGGGCCUUUGGCGGCAAGCCCAUUGUGGCUUCUGCUGGUCGCCAAUGGCCCAUUGCGGCGUCGCGACGAGCCGGUUUACUAGGAGCGAGAUCCUAUGCCGACGACAAGAAGCCAGCUACCGACGCGCCCAAACCCCCCGUGAUGCCGACGUCGGAAACCUUGAGCUCCGAACGAAGCCUCCCUCCGCCAGCUCCCAAAAUCGUUGAUGCGCAAACCCCUAAAACUGAGGAAAUUCCGUUGACGCCGCCUCCCCCUCCUACUGAGACGGCUGAAGCUGCCGCAAAGACGACCCCUCCUCCGCCCUCACCCAAGAAGAAGAAGGGCUUCUUCCAGAGACUGAGGAGCUUCGUUUUCACUCUCAUGGUUCUCGGAGCUGUUGGUUUUGCUGGCGGCGUCUGGUACUCCCGGAUCAACGACAACUUCCAUGAUUUCUUCACCGAGUACAUUCCGUUUGGUGAGCAGGCUGUGCUCUAUCUGGAGGAGCUUGAGUUCAAGAAAAAGUUCCCCAACGCCAUCAGCCAUGACACCCGAUCCCGCGAAACCGGCAAGCAGGUCAAGAUCCCCGCGCAAAGCGGUGCCUCUUGGAGAGUAGCUGAGAGCUCUGAUGCCUCUGGUCGUCACUCCAGUGCUUCUCCUUCGGCUACCAAGCCUGUGACGAAACAAGCGGAAAAGAAGGACGUUGCGGAUAAGACGCCAACAGACCCUGUUUCGGCUCCAUCAAAGCCGGCUGAGAAAGCAACUCCCAAUAUUGUUGCCGAACAGCCUGCCACCGGUUCGUCCAAAUCAUCAUCCAAGGAAUUCAAGGCACCCGAGGUCAAUGAGCCGUCUCGAUUCCCACCCUUGGAGCCAAUUGACCUGAUGAAGCUUCCCGAGGCCAAGGACCCCAUUGUGCGAGAUCUCGUCCACAUGCUCAAUGAUCUUAUCCUAGUUGUCAAUGCCGACGGUGCUCAUGGACGUUACUCGACCACCAUUGCCAAGGCUAAGAAUGAGAUUCUACGCAUCGGCAGUCGUCUUCAAGACAUGAAGAAGACUAUCGAGAAGAAGGCGGCCGGCGAGGUCAAGUCCUCCAUUGACGAGUUUGACACCGCCGCCACCGAGCUCAUCAAGCGCGUUGAGAACACUAUGCUGUCACAAGAAAUAGAGUGGCGCCGUGAAUUUGAAGAGGAAAUGAAGUCAGUUCGCAACAGUUAUGAUGAGCGGGUCCAGCUGUUGAUGGAGCGAGAGAAGAAGCUCAAUGAUGAGAAGCUCCAGAAUAAGCUUCUAGAACAGGCUUUGGCUCUCAAGAAGGAAUUCGUUCAGGAGGUCAAGGAGCGCGUUGAGAAGGAGAGAGACGGUCGCCUGGGCAAGCUCUCUGAGCUGACUUCAGCCGUUUCUGACCUGGAGAAGCUCACAGUUGGCUGGAAUGGCGUUGUUGACACCAAUCUCAAAACUCAGCAGCUCCACGUCGCUGUUGAAGCCGUCCGCGCCAGCCUUGAGAACGCUACCCACCCCAAGCCCUUCAUCCGAGAGCUGGUUGCCCUGAAGGAGAUUGCAAGCGAUGAUGCCGUCGUUGAUGCAGCUAUCGCUUCUCUCAACCCUCUCGCUUACCAGCGCGGUAUUUCCACUCCUUCCCUGCUGAUUGACAGAUUCCGACGGGUUGCAGGCGAAGUCCGAAAGGCUUCUCUGUUGCCUGACGACGCCGGCGUUGCCAGCCACGCUUCCAGCUGGGUCCUCAGCCACGUCAUGUUCAAGAAAGAGGGCCUUGCCGAAGGCAGCGAUGUUGAGAGCAUUUUGACGCGUACACAGACCUACCUGGAGGAAGGAGACUUGGAUUCGGCGGCACGAGAAAUGAACGGUCUGCAAGGAUGGGCUAAGACGCUCAGCAAAGACUGGUUGGGUGAAGUGCGCAAGGUGUUGGAGGUUCAGCAAGCUCUUGACGUUAUUGCUACCGAAGCAAGACUCCAGAGCUUGAGAGUAGAUUAA